AUGCGCCAAGCCAUUGUCGUUGAUUCAGCUCAUGAUGAAUAUACUCUAAAAUAUUCAAAUUGUAAAGUUAUAAACAACGAAGUUUAUUGGUAUUGUAACAUGAGUAGAAAUGGGUUUACACCAGCGUUUAGGAUUGAAGGUGUUGGUAUAACAAUAUCACAUAAUUAUAUUCAUCAUGGAGCUGGACACGCAAUAUUUUUCUCUGGAAAUAAUAUAAUGAUGGAAUAUAAUGAAAUUUCUGAUAUAUUUGAAUCUCCAUUCCCAACAUCAGCUUUUUACGCUGGUAUGAAUUACGUAACAAGAAAUAACACAAUUAGAUACAAUUAUAUUCAUGAUUUAGUUCCAAAUAAUGAGAUACACCAAGGAAUUUAUAUGGAUGAUUGUGAAAGUGGUGUAAAUAUAUCACAUAAUAUAUUAGUGAAUGCUGGUAGAUCAAUAUGGCUUGGAGGAGGAAGAGAUUACCAUGCGAGAAAUAAUAUAAUUGUAAAUGCCACUUUUGCAUUGUGGGUUGAUGCAAGAGCUUGGGCUGAACCUCAAACAUUCCAUAAAUUCUUGAGACCAAGAUUCUAUACAAUUCGUGAUAAUCCAAAAGUCAAAGGAAAUCUUCCUCCUUAUAUAACAUCAUACCCUAACUUAUCUGUUAUUGAUCAGUAUUACAAGAAUAAUACUGUUGAGUUUCCACUUAUUCCACCUUCUGCCUUUGUUUUUGAUAAUUGUUUUAUUUAUCCAAAGAAUGCAGCUUUAUUCAAGAAUCAAGAAUAUGUCAAUGGAUCAUAUACUUUUGGAGAAGUAUUCAUUAAUAACUAUAUUAAUGCAACAGAGAAAGAUUUCGCCGAUUUCAAGAAUGGAGAUUAUUCAAUUAAGAAAGGAUCAAGAUUGAACAAACUUGGCAUGGAUCCAGUUGAUAUGAGCGAAAUGGGUUUGCUUAAUAAAGGAUCCAAGAAAAAUGUUGUUGUUCCUGUGAUAGUAACUCUAGUUGUACUUAUAGUUAUAGGAGUGAUAAUUGUUCUUAUCUAUCUUAAGAUUAAGAAGGAUAAAGAAGCUGAAAGAUCAAUUGUUGAGAAGAAAAUAGUUGUAUAA